CGAUCUCCUAAACGUCUUCGAAUACACACGAUAUCGAUCGCAUACUUGUACAUACCUACUCGUUGACGGUUCAGGAGCGCCUAUCUAUCAUGCCACGCAAAGUACAAAAUUAUGAUGACUACGGCUCGGCCGUUCAGCAGAUCAUCCUCUCUACCACCGACGCCGAGUUCCUGGACCAGCUGAUCCCUGUUCUGAAAGACGCGACGAGCACCAAUCGAUCAAGCGCCCUUACCCAGACUUUGUCUCAAUAUGCCGAUGAUAGAGAGGUCGAGAUAGAGAGGAUAGGUCUGACAAAGCAUGAAGAAUUCCUUGGCUCAGUCAAUCAGCUACAAAAUGUGCGCGAGCGAACCGUUGCUUUAACAGCCGAUAUUCUCGAGCUCAACCAGUCCAUCCAAGCGAGCACGGAAAAGCUGGCAGCACAGAAGCAAGGGCUUGUGAAUACCCGUGCAGUUCGAGAAAAUAUCUCCGACGUCUCUGAGGCCUUGAAGGAAUCCCUCAAAAUCUUGCAUAAUGUCAAUAAUGCCCAUGACUUGAUUCGAAAGAAGAAUUACUAUGGCGCGCUCAAGUCGCUGGACGACCUCCAAAAUGAGUUUCUCAUUCCCACAAUACAGAAUCAGUACGCCACGCAGCACCGCUUGGCCGAUCUGAUCCAAAAAUCUAUACCAGCUUCGCAAAAGACCAUUUCUGAAGCAGUCAUGACAGAUCUAAACACGUGGCUGUAUCGCAUAAGAGAAACCUCGCAAUUUCUAGGAGAAGUGGCUUUUUAUCAGACAGAAACUAGGAGGAUGCGACAGCAAGAGAGGGUACAGCAGAAUGAGUUCUUAGAUAACUUUGGCCUGAAUUCCGCCAUUGAGCUGGUGUUCGAUGAAAGUGAAGAAUUCGAUGUCCUGAAUAAUGACGAACUACGGGUUGAUUUUACCCCUCUCUUUGAAGCCUUACAUAUACAUGAAGCGCUGGGCCAGAGCGACAAGUUUCGGUCCGAGUACGCUGCUACGAGGAGGCGGCAGAAAGAACUACUACUUCCGGGCUCUGUAUGCUUGACGACUGAUGAUGAACAAUCCUUGAGCAGUCUCCUAGAGAGCAUUUCCGGUUUUGCAAUCAUCGAGAAGGCGACGAUGCGAAGAGCACCUCAAUUACGCUCAGCAAUAGAUGUUGAGGAGUUAUGGGAUUCAAUGUGUUCGACCGCCAUCUCUUUGACUUCAAAGGCUCUAGGGGAUAUCAGCAACGCCGAAGACCUCGUGAAAAUCAAAGGAGCAUUUGCACUCUUCAUACAGACUAUGGAGGGAUGGGGCUACUCGGUCACAAGGCUCGAUGACUUCUUAGUAACCUUAUUUGAUAAUUACGCGGAGCUGCUGAAGCGGAGAUUCAGCGAAGACUUUCAAGAGAUUGUGUCUACUGAUGACUAUAUGCCUAUGGCCAUUGAUACAAGAGAGCAAUACGAAAAGGUUGCCAACGUCAGUUGGUUCACCCAAGACCAGCCUAUUGAGGAAUUAACAUUCCCCUGCGUACUGCCAUUCUCGCAGAUGUACCCACUGUGUUGUAUCGAUAUUAGAAAUUUCCUCAACCAGUUCUACUUCUUUUCAAAUGAUUACUUUCAGCAUCCAACGAAGAUCGACGAGACGCUGCGAAAGUCUUUAGAUGAGCUCCUCACAGAGAAGGUGUGCAAGUCGUUGGUUGAGCGCCUUAGUUCGCAAUAUCCUGGACAGAUCGUCCAAAUCUUGACGAACCUGGAGCAUUUCGAAACUGCAUGUCAAGAGCUGGAACAGUUAUUGAUACGCGCGCGAUCCUCAGGCUCUGCGGGUGGUCCACUGAAUCUUGCCGCCACUGAGCAGUUCCGCGAACAUAAAAAAACAGCCGAAAAGCGCAUCUUCGAGCUCGUUAAUUCCAAAAUUGACGACCUUAUGGAGACAGCCGAGUACGAUUGGAUGGCUGCCACCCCGCCGGCCGAGCCAAGCAGCUACAUUCAGACCCUGACUACCUACUUGUCUAAUAUCAUGAGCACGACGCUCUUGGGCUUACCACGUGAGAUCAAGGAACUUAUAUACUUUGACGCACUCAGCCACGCAGCAAGCAAGAUCCUCGGCCUCCCACUAUCCCCUGAUGUUAAGAAGAUCAAUCCCAACGGUGUCAUCGCGCUAGCCCAGGAUGUCCAGCAUCUCACGGACUUCGUCGACGGUCUCGAGAACGGGUUCAUGCUGCGGUCUAACCUGGACGAGCUGGAACAGACCAUACAGCUCCUGCAGUCAGAGAACACGGACGAGUUCUUCGACGUCUCUACAAGGAAUAAGAAGUACGGCCGUGUAGACGCCAUGAACGGUCCCAUGUUACUCGAGAAGCUGACAAAAGAAAUCUCGAGCACGGGCCCAACAACCCAGCGUUUCGCAAACUUCUCAUCUAAUCUAUCGUCCCGUUUCGGGUCGAAUAAAUAAGCGAAAACUAAUUUUUUGGCAUCCAUCUAGGUGCAUCCAUGCGCGCAUUCUGCAGGAUUGAGAAUAAAAAACAAAAACAAAAACAAAAAACAGAAAACAUCGCAUUUUUUUCUCGACUUCUCUCGAAUAACACCCGAGCUUAAAUGCUACGUAUUUGUUCCUGUGGGGGAGUAUACUAUUUGCCCUAACCUAGAAAAACAAAAGCGCAUUUCACCUAUACGCCAUUGCCAUCCAUACCUUUAAAGAAAAUAAAAGUGUAAAUUAUACCCACGACAAGUCGAAGUUGGUUGA